AUGGACAAUCAGAUGGAGAUGCGGAUGCUCGACGUAGGAUGUGGCACGGGCGAAUGGGCGGUACGAGCAGCACAGGAGUACCCAGAAGCAGCGGUCGUCGGCAUCGAUCUCAUCACCAUGGACGUCCUCCGCAAACCCUGCGACUUAGCCGCAGCAGCUCCGAAUGCCCACUUCUUCAACUACUCCAUCGACUAUAACCAAGACUGGCCACGAGCGCUUGGCGACUUCGACUUCGUCCAUUUGAGUUUGUUGGCCGGCAAGAUCGACGACUGGCCGACCACGUACAAACGAGCGUCCAGAUGUAUGAGACCCAACGGCAUCGUCGAACACGUCGAGAUCUCAUGGGAGCCACAUUCGACGGAUUCAGCAGGCCUGCAAGCCGACGAACUACCUCUGAUGCAAUGGUACCGUGACAUGGAAAGUGCGACUGCAAAUAUCGGCAAACCCUUCGCACUUCGCCGCGACACCUGUCAACAGUUACAGGCCGCCGGCUUCGAGGAUGUCGAUGAAGCCACCUUCCAAAUACCCUUCUGGGAGUACCGCCCUAGAGAUCCACAUCGGCAUAAGCUGUCCAACUGGAUCCACACGAUCCUAAGCGAGAAUUCGGGAGCAUGGGAGCGCUCGUUCUUCGCCAGAUGUGUUUUGCUUUUCACCCAUGUACUGGGUUAUGAUGAGCAGCAAGUACGUCAAAUGUGCCAGGAUGCAGCCAGGAUUGUAUGCCGGGAGGACUCGCCGCUGUACUACAAUCUACAUGUGUGGCGAGGUCGAAAGCCGCAGAGGUAG